AUGCGUUACUGUGAUCUCUUUCGCUCUCUCCUUUCCGAUCAUUUACCGUCCACUGUUCCCUCUCUCUGUAUCACCGUCGGCCUUCCCCCUCGUUCUCUCUCGUCGCCCCGUUUCCAUCCUUUCCCUCCUUUCCAUAUCCUCCCCUCCCCACCCCCCUGCGACUUGGAAUGUAACUCACACGGGCUCGCGCUCCUGUCCCCUCUCGCGCUCCUGUCCCCUCUCGCGCUCCCGUCCCCUCUCGCGCUCCUGUCCCCUCUCGCGCUCCUGUCCCCUCUCGCGCUCCCGUCCCCUCUCGCGCUCCUGUCCCCUCUCGCGCUCCUGUCCCGUCUCGCGCUCCUGUCCCCUCUCGCGCUCCUGUCCCCUCUCGCGCUCCCGUCCCCUCUCGCGCUCCUGUCCCAUCUCGCGCUCCUGUCCCUUCCUUCCCCUCCUCCCGCCCCUUCCCCCUCGCGUCCCUUCCCUCCUCCCGUCCCUCCAUUCCUGCCGUCGCUCCCCUCCUGA